AUGGCCGGCGAUCUUGAAGCGGCGCGCAUCGUCUCGUUACCUGCGGACGCCUUCUACAUUGCGAACUUUAUCUCCAAGGAGGAAGAGGAGCUGUUGUUGCAGAAGAUCGCAUCUGCCCCGCUACCUCGCUGGACACACCUCUCUCACCGACGACUGCAGACAUGGCCAUCGCCAUUGACCAAAUCGAAUGCCCUGCUCGCCUCACCCCUCCCAGGCUGGCUGGUGUCACCCAUCAUCGAGCCCCGCUUCACGGAGCUACGCGUGUUCCAUGAUGCCCCACACCACGCCCCCAACCACGUCCUGGUGAACGAGUACCGCCCCGGUCAGGGCAUCAUGCCACACGAGGACGGCGCCGCGUACCACCCCCUCGUCGCAACCGUCAGCCUUGGGGCCCCGAUCGUGCUCGAUCUCUACGAGAAAAAACCCGGUCCCAGUGCUAGUUCCAGCUUCGCAAGCGCGGCCAGCGACACGCCCGCGCGAAACUCCCAGUUCCGGGUCUUGCAGGAGCGGCGCAGCCUGCUGAUUACGCGAGGCCGGCUCUAUACGGAUUUCCUGCACGGCAUCGCGGAGACGACGACGGACAGGGAGUUAGGCCCGGACACCAUUUGCAACUGGAGUCUCCUGGGAGAGCAGGAACCGUACCGGAUGGGGAGGUAUGAGCGGCAGACCCGGACGAGUCUCACGUUUCGGGAUGUGCUGAAGGUCGCGAAGAUAGGGAAUACCGCGAAGUUCCUGAGCGGGCGGUGA